CCAAACCCACCACCGCCACCGCCACCGCCACCGCCACCGCCUUCGCUCUCCCCCGUAACGACGAUGGAAAUCUCUUCCUCCCCGCUCCUCACCCAGGAAGACUUCUCCCACAUCUUCGCCUUCUUCCAGCAGCACGACAUGGACGCCCUCGACCUCCUCCCCCACCCCUUCAAGCGCCGCCGCCUCGAAGACGGCGACGGCGGCGACGGCGACGACGGCGACGACGACGACGGCGACAAGGCCCCCUCCGCCGCCGCCCUCGCCCCGUCCCCAGGGGACCUCCUCGCCUCCCUCUUCUCUUUCGACGCCCCGGAAGAUGGGGACCAGAAAUGGGUCCGGGCCGACGAGCCCCCGCAGCAGAAGCCGGUUCCCGCGGUUCCGGACGAGGCCAAGAGCAAGAACGGCGGCGGCGGCAAGCGAGCUCGGCGCGCGCCGGCUGCCGGCGGCGGCGGCGGCGGCAACAGUGGCUCCCCGGGUCCGGUCGAGCCGGUGGCCGGAUCGACCCGGAGGCUGUGGGUCAAGGACCGCAAGAAGGAGUGGUGGGACAACCUGAACCGCCCCGACGUCACGGACGAGGAGUUCCGGGCGGCGUUCCGGAUGAGCAGGGCCACCUUCGACAUGAUCUGCGACGAGCUCGACGCGGCCGUCACGAAGAAGAACACGGCGCUCCGGGAGGCCGUCCCCGUCCGGCAGCGCGUGGCGGUCUGCAUCUGGCGGCUCGCGACGGGGGAGCCGCUCCGGCUCGUGUCCAACCGGUUCGGGCUCGGCAUCUCCACCUGCCACAAGCUGGUGCUCGAGGUGUGCGCGGCCAUCAAGGACGUCCUGAUGCCCAAGUUCCUGCAGUGGCCCGACGAGCCCCAAUUGGGCCACAUCAAGCGUCGGUUCGAGUCGCUCUCCGGCAUCCCGAACGUGGCCGGGUCAAUGUACACGACCCACGUGCCGAUCAUCGCCCCGAAGGCCCGGGUCGCCGACUACUACAACAAGCGGCACACGGAGCGGAACCAGAGGACGUCGUACUCGAUCACCGUGCAGGGCGUCGUCGACGACCGCGGCGCCUUCACCGACAUCUGCAUCGGGUGGCCGGGUUCGUUGCCGGACGACCAGGUCCUCGAGAAGUCAGCCCUGCACCAGAGGGCGAGCCGGGGGCUGCUGCGCGACGUCUGGAUCGUGGGCAAUUCGGGCCACCCGCUGACGGACUGGGUCCUCGUGCCGUACACCCAGAAGAACCAAACGUGGGCCCAGCACGAGUUCAACGAGCGGGUCGGGGCGGUCCAGCGGGUCGCGCGGGAGGCCUUCGCGAGGCUCAAGGGUAGGUGGGCGUGCUUGCAGAAGAGGACGGAGGUGAAGCUGCAGGACCUGCCGGUGGUGCUUGGCGCCUGCUGCAUACUGCACAACAUAUGCGAGUCGCGGGAGGAGCCGGUGACGGAGGCGGAGCAGUUCGAGCUGUUCGACGACGAGAUGGUGGCCGAGAACGCGGUGAGGUCGGCGACGGCCCAGCAGGCCCGGGAGCACAUCGCCCACAAUCUGUUGCACCACGGCCCGGCCGUGACCGCUUUCCUAUAGUUUGUCUUUGGCGUGCAGUGUGUUUUUUGUACAGUGAUUCCGUGAGCUUUUUGUUCAUUGACGUUCCUUGCUAGCUCGAGAGCUCUUCUCUCGGGUUGAGUCUAUGGCUCCCCCGGGGACGAUCGGUCCCGGUCCUCUCGCCGGCCGAUCGGAAAGUAAAAGCAUCGCAAUGACGGCACGAUACCGGUCGGAAACCAUAGGAUCUACACUCUUUUUUUUUCUUCUCUCUCUCUUUUGAGGCCUCCUCCGAUGUAUUUUUAGGUCCGGUCAUAUUCUUUUUCCAUGUGUUGAAAAUAAAAUUAUGAUUUUUCUUGCC